AGCCGACCUAGGUCAACUACUUCACCUACCGCACUCAACACGUAUCCCAUAUUCAGUGGAAAUAUCAUCACCGCCUGUAUCUGAACAACUGCGUCGAUAUGGCAUCCACCAUAAGCAACAAGCCUCUCCGCAUCGCCGUCGUGCCCGGGGACGGCAUCGGAACCGAGGUCAUGCCCUACGGCGUGCGUUGUGUCCAAGCUGCAGCAUCUCUCUUCAACAUUCCCAUGGAGUUUACAUCCUUCGACUUUGCAAGCUGUGCCUACUACGCUAAACACGGAGACAUGCUGCCACCCAACUGGAAGGAGACUUUGAGCGGCUACGACGCAAUCUAUUUUGGCGCCGUGGGACUGCCCGACCAGGUCCCAGACGACGUGUCGUUGUGGGGCAGCCUGCUCAAGUUCCGUCGCGAGUUCGACCAGUAUAUCAACCUCCGACCCAGCCGUCUCAUGCCGGGCGUCAAGUGCCCCCUGGCAGGUCGCAAACCGGGCGACAUCGACUUCUGGAUCGUAAGGGAGAACACCGAAGGGGAAUACAGCAGCAUCGGCGGCAAGAUGUUCGAGGGUACCGACCGGGAGACUGUCAUUCAGGAGACCGUCAUGACCCGCAUCGGCGUUGACCGCGUGCUCAAGUAUGCGUUCGACCUGGCGCAGAGCAGGCCGCGGAGGAAGCUCACCAGUGCGACCAAGAGCAACGGGAUAUCCAUCACGAUGCCGUACUGGGACAGCAGGGUGAAAGAGAUGGCUACCAAGUAUCCCGAGGUGAACGUCGAGAAGUACCACAUCGACAUUCUGACUGCUCAUUUCGUGCAGCGGCCCCAGAUCUUCGAUGUUGUAGUGGGAAGUAAUUUGUUUGGCGAUAUCCUGUCCGAUCUUGGCCCUGCCUGCACUGGCACGAUUGGCAUAGCUCCCUCGGGAAACAUUAACCCGGACAAGAAAUUUCCCAGCCUCUUCGAACCUGUUCACGGAAGCGCUCCUGAUAUAAUGGGCAAGGACAUCGCGAAUCCCGUCGGUAUGAUCUGGGCAGGCUCCAUGAUGCUGCAGCACCUAGGCCACCAGAAUGCAGCCGACGUCAUGUUGAGGGCCAUCGAAGCUGUCCUCGCACGGUCAGAACCGGGUGUCAUGACCGCUGAUAUGGGGGGCAAGGGAACCACAAAGAGUCUGGGGGAGGCUGUGGAACAGGAAAUCCUCGCAACCAAAACGCAGUGA